AUGCGUAAACGGAAACAACCUGAACCCGACGAGAUGAACUCAAUUAUGGAUACGUUAGAGUUGAAAAUAGCUGACAAAAUGGAAGCUUUUAAAGUUAGCAUUGAGGCGGUAGUCACAGACUCUGUUAAAAAUGCCGUAAAUCUGGUACUUGAGAGAGAAAUUUGCAAAUUAACAACAUCCAUUAAUGAUACCCUGAACCAAUUUAAUCUUCGGUUAAACGAUAUGCAUGAUUCGGUAAACUAUAUGAGUAAUAGGCAAGAUGCUUUUGACGCUCGUUUAAAAACGAUGGAAGAGGAUUUUCUGCGGCGUAAAGAAGUCCCCACUUAG